UCAGAUUGUCAGAUCCAAGACAUCCAGCUUUUACCAUCCAAGCCACAGAAUGACUCAUUGGUUCCACCGAAACCCAUUGAAAGCAACUGCACCUGUUUCCUUCAACUUCUAUGGAGUUGCUGGUAGCCCAUCAGCAAAUAAGAUAUGCAAGUAUGUACAUGUGUACACUUUGCAAUUGAUAUCCAUUCUAUGACAAUUGACCCUUCACUAUGCCCUGCCCCCCUCGGUUACUCUUACAACAUUUUUCCCAGGAAGCCCAAUAGAGCUUGCCAGCUUGCAGGAAAUUAGUUGCCUCAGGUUCGUUCAGCCUAUCCUAAGGUGGACUCGGGUUUUUGGGAUAAAUGCAGAAAAUAACUGAGGUUAACACAGGCUUAGGAGAUCUUAUACGUUUUGUCCUAUGAGAUAAUAUCAAUCAGUUAACCUGGCCUUUAUGAAUUAUGAAGCCUUUAUGUGCAUUUUUUUAUUAUGGAACAUCACGUAUAAGAUCUCCUAAGCCUGUGUUUAGCACAUUCCAUAUUUUAUCUAACGGAUGGCAUCCAUAAGUCUAAAUAUUGCUCUUAAUUUGCACAACCUUCAAUGUAAUGUCAUAAUUAAUUAUGGUCUUUGUUUGAAAGAAAUGGUCUUCACACAGUUCGCAACGAGCCAGGUGGCACAAACUGCUGCAUAUACCCUGACUCUGCUUGCACAGAACGAAAGAGAAGUGACACAAUUUCCCUAGUUAAAAUAAAUUCAUGUUAGCAGGCAAUAUUAACUAAAUAUGCAGGUUUUAAAAAUAUAUACUUGUGUAUUGAUUUUAAGAAACGCAUUGAUGUUCAUGGUUAGGUACUAGAGGUUGACCGAUUUAAUCGGAAUGGCCGAUUUAAUUGGGGCCGAUUUCAAGUUUUCAUAACAAUCGGAAAUCGGUAAUUUUGGAUGCCGAUUAAAAAAUAUAUAUAUUUAUUUAUUAUUAUUAUUUUUUACACCUUUUUUAUUUAAUCUUUAUUUAACUAGUCAAGUCAGUUAAGAACACAUUCUUAUUUUCAAUGACGGCCUAGGAACGGUGGGUUAACUGCCUUGUUCAGGGGCAGAAUGACAGAUUUUUACCUUGUCAGCUCAGGGAUUCAAUCUUGCAACCUUACGGUUAACUAGUCCAAUGCUCUAACCACCUGCUUCACGAGGAGCCCGCCUGUUAAGCGAAUGCAGUAAGAAGCUGUUACGGAUACAGUUAUCCUGUGUGUGUGUUUCUUUUCUCUCCUUCUCCCCUCACAGGUGAAAAUCAUCACUCCCCAAUCAGUCAACAAUCAAUCAUCAAUCAGAAGACACACCUCCUCCUAUUUCCUAACCUAUCACAGUUCCUUCCCCAUGGUUUAAAAACCCCAUCAUUUGUUUGUUCUAGAGCUCAAUCUCUCUGUAAAUGCCAUGUCUGUAGGUCUCUGUGUUUCACUCUCGCUUUGUGUCUUAACCUCUCUUUUGUUUAAGCACCUCAUAGCACUUUGUCAUCACCUGUGAGUAUUGUUUUUGGUUAUGGUGUUUGUUUGUUGCUGGUGGGAAAAGGGGGAAACAAGACAAAUCGCCCAUGGGCAUACACUACCCGUAGGUGAACUUUGUUAAAUACACUAGUUAGAACUGGGUGGACCACCCACUGUAUUUUUGGUUAGUUAGUUAGCUGUUGUUAAAGUAGGCUAGUCUAGUUUAGGGGUGUUUUUGAAUACUUAUUGUUUCUUUCCUUGGGUCCAGCUCAGCCCCUUUUCCUGCUCCCCCCAUUACCUGGAGUUUGACGGUAGAUUUCUGUUGUCGUGGUUAUUUCGUUCACACUUUUACUUUGUCACAAUAAUAAUUUGCAUGAGUUAUGUUACGGGUCUCAUUACCAUCCCCCCUAGACUGUCGGGCCAAAAGGGAUUCGUAACAGAAGCCAAGGUAAGUUGCUAGCUAACAUUAAACUUAAUUAAUCAUAAUCACUAGUUAUAACGACAUAUGGUUGCUGAUAUUACUAGUUUAUCUAGCGUGUCCUGCGUUGAAUAUAAUCGAUGCAGUGCGCAUUUGCGAAAAAGGACUGUCGUUGCUCCAACGUUUACCUAACCAUAAACACCGAUGCCUUUCUUAAAACACAAAAGUAUAUUUUUAAACCUGCAUAUUUAGAUAAAAGAAAUCCAGGUUAGCAGGCAAUAUUAACCAGGUGAAAUUGUGUCACAUCCUAUUGCGUUCAUUGCAAACAGAGUCAGGGUAUAUGCAACAGUUUGGGCUGCCUGGCUCAUUGCAAACUAAUUUGCCAGAAUUGUAUGCAAUUAUAACAUAACAUUGAAGGUUGUGCAAUGUAACAGGAAUAUUUAGACUGAUGGAUGCCACCUGUUAGAUAAAAUACGGAACGGUUCUGUAUUUCACUGAAAGAAUAAACGCCUUGUUUUCGAGAUGAUAGUUUCUGGAUUCGACCAUAUUAAUGACCUAAGGCUCGCAUUUCUGUAUGUUAUUAUGUUAUAAUUAAGUCUAUGAUUUGGUAGAGCAGUCUGACUGAGCGAUGGUAGGCACCAGCAGGCUCGUAAGCAUUCAUUCAAACAGCACUUUCGGUGCAUUUUUCCAGCAGCACUGCUGUUUAACUUCAAGCCUAUCAACUCCUGAGAUUAGGCUGGUGUAACGAUGUGAUGUGAAAUAGCUAGCUAGUUAGCAGGGUGCGCAAUAAUAGCGUUUCAAACGUCACUGGCUCUGAGACUUGGAGUAGUUGUUCCCUUUGCUCUGCAUAGGUAACACUGCUUCGAGGGUGGCUGUUGUCGUUGUGUUCCUGGUUCGAGCCCAGGUCGGAGCGAGGAGAGGUACGGAAGCUAUACUGUUACAUUAGCAAUACUAAAGUGCCUAUAAGAACAUCCAAUAGUCAAAGGUAUAUAAAAUACAAAUGGUAUAGAGAUAAAUAGUCCUAUUAUUCCUAUAACUACAACCUAAAACAUCUUACCUGGGAAUAUUGAAGACUCAUGUUAAAAGGAACCACCAACUUUCUUAUGUUCUGAGCAAGGAACUUAAACUUUAGCUUUCUUACAUGGCACAUAUUGCACUUUUACUUUCUUCUCCAACACUUUUUUGCAUUAUUUAAACCAAAUGGAACAUGUUUCAUUUUAUUUGUGUUCAUUCAGUAUUGUUGUAAUUGUCAUUAUUACAAAUACACGGUAAAAAAUCGGCCGAUCAAUCGUAGCGUUUUUUUGUUUGUCCUCCAAUAAUCGGUAUCGGGGCGGCAGGGUAGCCUAGUGGUUAGAGCGUUGGACUAGUAACCGAAUCCCCGAGCUGACAAGGUACAAAUCUGUCGUUCUGCCCCUGAACUGGCAGUUAACCCACUGUUCCUAGGCCGUCAUUGAAAAUAAGAAUUUGUUCUUAACUGACUUGCCUAGUAAAAUAAAGGUUAAAAAACAAAAAAUGUUUAAAAAAAUUGGCGUUGAAAAAUCAUAAACGGUCGACCUCUAUUAGGUACACAUUGGUGCAACUUGCACUUGUUAAAUCAUUACCCGUUUGGCGAAGUAGGCUGUGAUUCAAUGAUAAAUUAACAGGCACCGCAUCGAUUUAUUUGCAACGCAAGACAAGCUAGAUAAACUAGUAAUAUCAUAAACCAUGUGUAGUUAACUAGUGAUUAUGUUAAGAUUGAUAGUUUUUUUCCUAAGAUACGUUUAAUGCUAGCUAGCAACUUACCUUGGCUCCUUGCUGCACUCGUGUAAUAGGUGGUCAGCCUGCCACGCCGUCUCCUCGUGGAUUGCAAUGAAAUCAGCCAUAAUCGGCAUUCAAAAAUGCCGAUUACUGAUUGUUAUGAAAACUUGAAAUCGGCCAUGCCGAUUAAUCGGUCGCCUUCUAGUAGCUAGCCAUUGCUCUGAAUUCACUGUCAGCAUACAGUCCAAGCGAGCCACUGUCGUGUCUUUGGCAUCAUUAAAGUGAAAACUGUUAUUUUUAUCAAAUCAAUUUUCUGUAAUUAUUGUUACGUGAUUAAACUAAUCAUGUACAUGUAAUUAACUAGGAAGUCGGGGCACCAAGGAAAAUCUUCAGUUUACAGUUAUAAUUUUCCUAAUAACUUUUUUGAUAUUUUAAUAUCUGAUCAAUUAGUCUUCUAAUGAAUUACUUCUUUACCUCACGUUAGUCUCAUUCCAAACGUCAUAAAUUGUUGGUUAUCUGCACGAACCCAGCCUUCACUAUGAAUCAUCCAUACAUCAAUUUUCUUAAUCAUUUAUUUACUAACUAAAUAAUCACAGAAAUGCAUAAACAAGCAAACAAAGUAGAUAUGGUUACAAGGAAAUGAUAGGGGAUGUGCCCUAGUGGGCUAAACUGAUAUGACGCUUGGUAGACAAAGCGGCUGAGAAGGGCGCAAAAGACAAAAGACACUACACAGUUGAUAAUUAUAAUUGAAAUGCUAAUCCUUUGCACAUGAACGCUCACUCAUUCGGAAAUAAUUGUAAUCAAUAAAUUAUAUAUUUACACUCAGUGUGUUGUCAUGAUCUCUGUUGGAAUCACCCUUCUUUCUGAUCAAUGUCUGUGUUCAUGCGGUGGGCCAAUGACUUUGAAUCCAAUUCCCUUUCAAAUUUAACUCUUUCAUUAAACAGUUUAAAAUCGCAUUACAUCAUUUCGCAAAUAGUUUAAUCUUUACUCAUUCAUUUAUACAAUAAUUAGAUGCAAAUCUCAUAACGGAGACUCUUGUAUAAACAGAGUUAUGGUAUUGUGGCUGUAUUGUCUCUCAUGAGGUCACAAACAUUAGACAAAAUGGUCCAGUUGUAGCUGGAUUCUCCACCGGCCGUUUACACAUUCUCCAAAACAUGGAUUUUGUUCAGUUCUCAAGUUCUGUGAGGUAGACGAAGUUCCUUUGUUCUACUGUGAACCCUCUCUAUACUGCAUGGCCGGGAGGGAAGAGGGUCUCCUCCAGGAAUUUACGAUCUGAGAUAACAGAGCCUGGGUGUAAGGGGAAGAGAGAGAGGGGGAUGAUACUCGCUAUACCCAAAGAAAGCCACGUCAUGACACCACUUUUGGAGCCAACUAGUGCUCUCAAAUUGUAUUAUGAUGUCGACAACAUGGGAGUUGUAUUCAUAACAUUUAACUUAGUUAGCUAACAUACAUUUUGAGAAAACAAGUUAUAUUAAGUGGCUCUCUAGCUAGCAUUAGCAAUGUUUGGCAGUCAAUGAGACAGCUAGCUAACCAGCUGAGGUGGCAAACAAUGUAACAAGUAUAAUUUUGGAUUUAAAAAAAACUCCAACCUCAGGCUCUGCAUUUCAGGAAUCAGAGUAGCAAGUACUCCUGGUGCACUGUUCAACUAUUUAGCCAUUUAAACAUUUAUUUUUAAAGAAAACUCUCCGGUUUUGCCAUACCCCUCACUGGCUUUCAUGCGAUUUAAACAUGAGCGCAUCCAAGGUGUCUGACUCGACAACAGUUGCUAUCCAUUGGAGCACUGCGAUUGGUUGCCCAACAUUCUGCUGCAGGGUUUAGCGAAGGGUCAGUUGAGAACACAUAAUUGCUUGACCGUUUAUAUUUCUCUCCUCAAUAGUGACUUGAGGACAUCGAGGGCCAGACUCUUGGAGAUGUUCACAGAUACCACCUGCGAUCCCGAGAUCAUGAAAAAUGCCACAGAUACUUAUUUCUCACUCUUACAAGGGGAACUUGUGCUGUUUGUUUAUGCCUUUUCUCCUCUGUCUUUAGCAGUGCUCACUGUUUUUUAUAGUGUUUUUGUAUGGUCUCUACACGCUGCUCAUCAUGCAUCACUAUUCCUUUUUUUUUCUAUUAAUAAUCUGUUUCUGUUCUUUUGAUUGCUUGACAUGACAUAGGAUUCUAUGCAUCUCUGGAUGGCACCAAACAAGAGAACAAGCUUCGGUUCAUGCAGAACUUCAAGUGGACUGACACUUUGCAAGGAAACACCCCAAGUGCCCAACAAGAUGCUAUUUUUGAACUGGUCUCCAUGGCCUUCAAUGUUGCAAUUUGGCACGCCAAGUUUACCUCAAGACUUGCAGGAAAGGAAAAAAGCAAAAGAUGUCCACAGGAGCCUGACAUUUGCUGCUGGGAUUUUCAAGCACCUCAAGGAGGUCUACAUCCCCCGCCUCAUCACCCCAGCGGAGAAUGGCCGGGACCUAGACCCCAGAGUCAUGGACACCUACAUGGUCCAGUGCAAAGCAGAGGCACAGGAAGUGACGAUUGCCAGAGCGAUUGAACUCAAGCAUAACGCCACUCUCAUUGCAGCCUUGGCCUUCGAGACCGCAAACUUCUACCAGAAAGCUGACCACACACUGAACACCCUGGAACCAGAGUGCAGCAGUAAGUGGAGGAAUUACCUCCAGCUGAAAGAGCACUUCUACAUGGCCUAUGCAUAUUGCUACCAUGGACAAACUCUCCUCACGAGCGACAAGUGUGGCGAGUCAAUAAAAUCGCUCCAAGAAGCAGAAAAGUGCUACUCCAGAGCCGAGGCUCUGUGCAAAGAGUACCGUCAGACCAAAGGGCCGGGUAGCACAGCCAAGCCCUCUGAGCAGCUCUUCACCACGCUGGGUGGCCUGAUCAAAAAUACAUUGCAAAAGUGCGAGAGAGAAAAUGGAUUCAUAUACUUUCACAAGGUCCCAGCCGAGGUGCCCCAGCUAGAGCUGAAGGCUAGCUAUGGCCUGGCCGAGCCAAUAUCCUUUGAGUUCCCAGCCGUCAGUGAGCAGUGCACCCCUGAAGUCUACACCACUUUUGACCUCACCAAGGGGGCCAAAGCUGAGAAAGCCAAACCCAAGCAGGAAGAAGAGGUUAAGCCAAUGAAGGAACCAGAUUUGAAGCCUCAGAAAGAUACAGGCUGCGUCAUAUCAUAAACAGAGGGGGGACAAGAAAAACAUGACUGCAUGGAUUUAUUGAUGCAUUGGUUUGUUUUAUCUGUAGUGUUUUAUGAUCAGUGAUUUACAGUAGCAUGACCAUCUGUUGUAGUUCAUUUUAUACAUAGUUGUUUUCAAUUUUUUUUAUGUUCAUGAUCAAAUAUUAUUGGGUCAGACUUUAUAUUUGAAAUGUUCUCUCACUAGUCCUGUUGGGGAUUUUGGAACUUUUUUGCUGUCAUUUAAGAAACGGACAAUUAAUAUAGCAAGAACUUAUAACACUCCACGAUGAUUAUCCAAUCAUUUGUAUGUUUUCAAUUUUAUUUUUCAAUCGCUGAGAUUCUCUAAUUGAAUCACAGUUUUUUUGCAAGUGAAAGGACACUGUACACACAGGAUCACAUUAUUUAUACCCAAGGCUAGUCAUUAUUGGGUAUGGCCUGUAUUUAUGAUAAUAACCAUUGUUUAAUAUUCCCCUCUUUAUUGGAGACUUGAGGAAUAGGCGGUGCUUGUAUUGGGUCAAAAUAAUCUGAACAAGGCUGACUGUUCAGUAGGAACAUGGAAUAUCAUCUUGGAAGUUCUCAGGAAAGCUCAAUGUUCUAAAUAUAAAUGUCACGCAUGACGACUCUGCAUGAGAGAGGAGCAGGCCUGUUUUACACAACCUUUGAACAUUCCAUAACAUUGUGCCCUAUGGAAGGUGAUGUAGUCUUCCUGACGCUCAGAAAUGUGUUGUAAAAAAAAAAACUCUGACUAGUGGUCAUGGUUGCUGGUCUAAAGGAUCAACUUCCGGUGAAACUGGAGGGCGCGCAAUUCAAAAUAUUUUUCCUCCGCCACAGGUUUCAUAUGUUCACAUAUAACGAUUAAAUAUUCACUUACUUUUUGAAAAUCAUCCUCUGAUUUGACAUCUAAAGGGUCCCAGCUAUAACAUGUAGUGUCGUUUUGUUAGAUAAUAUCCUUCUUUAUAUCCCAAAAAGUCAGUUUAGUUGGCGCCAUCGAUUUGAGUAAUCCACUCGUUCAACUUGCAGAGAAAAGAAUCUGAAAAUCUACCCCUAAACUUCGUUUCAACAAGUCAAAAUAUGUUCUAUUUACUCAUCCGAUACCGUAAAAUGUAAUCAAACUAUAAUAUUUAUUUCGGAAAGAAGUAUGUUCAAUAGGAAACCGGUUUUAGCAGGUGUGUAAUGUCUUCAUGGUGCGACCAAACACAAAUUUCCAAGACGUGUCCUUCUAAAACUGAUAUUUCUCAUUUGUUUUUAGUUACAAGCCUGAAAUCUUGAACGUAAACUGCUGACACCCUGUGGAAGCCAUAGGAAUUGCAUCCAGGGAGCUAAUAUUCAAUAUGACCUUUCUCUUGCAUUUCUAAGAAGAUGGUCUCUCUCAAAUAAAAUCAGUUUGGUUUUUCUUUGGAUUUUCUUUUGUUAUAUUCUCGUACAUUAUUUGAACAUUUCUACAGACUUCAAAUGCUUUCUUUCCAAUGGUACCAAGUAUAUGCAUAUCCUGGCUUCAGGGCCUGAGCUACAGGCAGUUUGGGCAUGUCAUUCAGACAGGAAGUGGAGAAGAAAUGGGCCUAUCCCUAAUUAAGACUGGAUUUAUUAGUGAUCGACAAGUGCAGGAACACUAGAGUAAUGGUUAAUGAAGAAAGAAAUGGACUUGACAAUCUGAUGUCAUUCAAAUAUGAUGUCAAUCAUAACCCGCUUAAACCAUUUCAGUGAAGGGAGUAAUGUUGUACUAUGGCACAUUAUUUUACAUAUGGAAAAUUGUUGAAGUAGCCUACUAUGUAUGUAAAUUAAUCAAAUUAAUUACAAAUGUUUGUUUUAUCUGUAAAUUACAAUGAUAUACAUAUUACUGUAGUUUUUAGAGUACUGAUUCGCUGUAAUUGCCUAAGAGUUGUUUUUGAAAAUAUGUUAAUGACAGCUAGCAUCUACUGAGGAGGUACAAUAGGGGAAAACGUAACCUCUAGUAUGGUAUACUAAUUUGCCAAUCAAUUAAGAAAAUUGUGCAUUCUUUCUGUUCAACCUCAAAGCACAUUAUAAUGCCUUUGCACUUUAAAUCUUAAUAGUCACACAGAAAUUAAGACAUAUACAACAUGUAUGUUCUCUACAAUACCUUUUUAUUAUUGGAACAAUUCAUUUUCACAUUUAAGGACCAAUUAGAUUUAUUUUUAAUUAACACAUUUAUGAAAACAGUUUGCUGUAUCAUAACAAUGUUUACACAAGUCAACCUGAAGGUCAUUACUCUUCUUCUAAUGGUGCCCUUCAUGGAAAAUGUUUAAAAUAAAAUGUCAAGAAAC